AAUAAAACACAUGUUAACUUAGGCAUCCUAACCUAAAUGAAUUCAAACCUCAAAUUCGGCACGAUAAACAACGAAUAAUUUUAUAAACAUGGGAAGAAAGAAAAUGAAUUUUAAACAUAUAAACCCCAAAAAAGUAAUAGAAGAAGUAGAAGCUUCUGAUGUAGAGGAGAUGGAAGACAAUUCCGGAGCUGAAGAGACUUGGAGAAACUCUGAAUCAGAAAGCAAUAGUGAGGAAGAACAAAAUGAUGAAUUGGAUUCUGAACAAGAAAACGAAAGUGACAAUGAAGAUGUAGAAAAUAAUGAAAUGGAUUCAGAACAAGAAAAUGAGAGUGACAAUGAAGAUACCGAAGGCGAUGAAUCAGAACAAGAAAAAGAUAGUGAAGACGAAGAUGAUUCUGGUUUUGAUGAUGUCAAUAAACAUAAAGAAUCCUUACAAAAACUUAAAGAAACAGAUCCCGAGUUCUAUAAAUUUUUAGAAGAAAAUGACAAAGAUCUUCUAAAUUUCAAUUUAUCGGAUGAUGAAAAUGAUGAUGACGAUCAACCUCAAAUUCAUGUUCCUGAACUAGGCAGUGAUGAAAGUGAUUAUGAGGAUGAAAAUACCAAAGAAGAUGAUAGAAAUAUUACCUUCAAAUUACUGAAAAAAUGGCAAGUGGAUAUCAAAACUGACAAGAGCAAUAAAACACUUUAUGAGCUUUCUCAAGCAUUACAUGCGGCUCUCUUAUUAGUGUUACCAGAGGAAGAAGCAGGCACUCCCUCCAAAUAUAAAGUUGAAGGAUCUGCGAUUUUUAAUGGCGUUGUUCAGUUAUGUGUCUUAGAAUUUGGUCCUGCCAUCAAGAGAUUUUUAGGAUUGGAUAAUAAAUCAAAAGAGAAACCACAUCAAUGUAAAAAAUUCAAAAAAGUAAAGACAAUCCUGAAAUGCUAUUUUGAAGAUCUUCUAAAGCUUCUAAAAGGAGUCGCAUCUGCGAAUAUCCAGACAGUUUUACUAAAACAUAUGCACUAUAUGUCUUCAAUGCUGACUUCAUACCCAAAUAUUACAAAGGAUUUACUUAAACAGCUCAUAAAAAUAUGGGGUGUAUCAGAAGAAGGUGUCAGAGUUAUAGCAUUCUUUUGUAUUCUAAAAAUCAGUCGUCAUACACAGCCGCUCCUCGACUUGGCAUUGAAGAGUAUGUUUAUAACAUUUGUCAAAAAUUCUAAAUUUGUUAGUCCCUCUAGUUUGCCCUCCAUAAAUUUCAUGAGGCGAUCAUUGGUGGAGAUGUUUGCGUUGGAUACAAACUUGGCUUAUCAACAUGUAUUUCUGUAUAUUCGUCAACUCGCAAUCCAUCUGAGGAAUGCUAUGACUGUGAAUAAGAAGGAAAACGUACAGGCUGUUUACAAUUGGCAGUUCGUAAAUUCUCUUCAAUUGUGGGGGAAUUUACUGAGUGUUACUUGUUCUAAGCCCCAAAUGCAGCAGUUGAUUUAUCCGUUCAUUCAAGUCUGUCUGGGAACUUUAAAAUUAGUGCCUACAGCCCAAUAUUAUCCACUUAGAUUUCAUGUCACACAGAUUUUAAUCAACCUGUCUCGAGAUGCUGAUGUAUUCAUUCCAGUUCUUCCUUUCAUCGUAGAUAUUUUAGAUAAUUAUGAUUUCAACAAGAAGCAUCAAAAAAUUUCGAUGAAGCCAUUGAAGUUCACUUUCAUUUUGAGAUUAUCAAAGUCUCAAUUACUCGAGAAUGGUUUCAAAGAUACUGUUAUUGACACCAUUUAUGACCAGCUCAUGGAGUAUAUGGCUAUUCAAUCUAGCAGUAUAUCUUUCGUUGAAUUAUCACUACUUACUACGAUUCAGAUUAAGAAGUUCCUGAAAAAAUGUAAAAAUGGUAAUUAUGUGAAGAAGAUGAAGCAAGCUCUCGAAAAAAUAGAACAGAAUAAUAAAUUCAUUGAGAAUGAGAGAAGGAAAAUGACAAUAAAUCUCGCAGAUUUGAAACAGGUGGAAGGUUUUGAAAACCAACUGAAAUGUAAAGGAACUCCAUUAUCUAUAUAUUAUGAAAGUUGGAUCAAAAUUCGAAAUCAAAAGAAGAGGAAAGAAGCAACAAUGAAUGAUGAAUUAGGUGAUUAUAAUUUACCGACAAAUAAGAAACGAAGAAUAAAAAAUAUUGAAGUGAAGAGGCCGAAAAAAGAUGUUGACUUUGUACUUAGUGAAAGUGAAGAUGAUGAAGAGAGUCAAAUAUUGAGAAAAAAAGUUGAUAUCGAAUCUGAUUGAAGAAAGGGUCAAAAAUUGUUAAAAUGUAUUUAUACUAUUAAAAAGAUAUAGAUGUUCA